AUGGCGGAUCAAAAUGAUGUGGACUUGGACUCCAUCAUCGACCGUCUCCUUGAGGUCCGUGGCAGUCGGCCGGGCAAGCAGGUCCAGCUCUYGGAAACCGAAAUAAGAUACCUGUGCACCAAGGCUCGCGAGAUCUUCAUCUCUCAACCGAUUUUGCUCGAGCUGGAAGCCCCCAUAAAGAUCUGUGGUGACAUUCACGGCCAGUACUAUGAUCUCCUGCGCCUGUUCGAGUACGGAGGCUUUCCACCAGAGGCCAACUACCUCUUCCUAGGCGACUACGUGGAUCGGGGCAAGCAGUCGMUCGAGACCAUUUGCCUGCUGCUUGCGUAUAAGAUCAAGUACCCGGAGAAUUUCUUCAUCCUUCGUGGCAACCACGAAUGUGCAUCCAUCAACCGCAUCUAUGGCUUCUACGACGAAUGCAAGAGACGCUACAACAUCAAACUGUGGAAGACAUUUACCGACUGCUUCAACUGCUUGCCGAUUGCGGCCAUUAUUGACGAGAAGAUCUUCACCAUGCACGGUGGGCUCAGUCCGGACCUCAACUCAAUGGAGCAGAUCCGCCGCGUUAUGCGCCCAACCGAUAUCCCCGACUGCGGCCUGCUCUGCGACCUGCUGUGGUCCGAUCCUGACAAGGACAUCACCGGAUGGUCCGAAAAUGACCGCGGUGUCUCCUUCACCUUCGGCCCGGAUGUGGUCUCGCGUUUCUUGCAGAAGCACGACAUGGACCUCAUUUGUCGUGCACAUCAGGUUGUUGAAGAUGGUUACGAAUUCUUCUCGAAGCGUCAACUGGUCACUCUCUUCUCCGCGCCCAAUUACUGCGGCGAGUUCGACAAUGCCGGCGCCAUGAUGAGCGUCGACGAGUCUCUGUUGUGCUCCUUCCAGAUCCUCAAGCCGGCGGAAAAGAAGCAAAAAUUUGGCAGGAGAUAA